UAGGAGAGGGGUGAGUUUUAACUUCCUAUAGACUUUUACUUCUUUUUUUGUAAACAUUUCUUCAAUGGAUAGUAGCUGUAGAACUUCAUUGUCUAUCAAGUUUGCACAUAACUUUCUUCCAUUUUAAUUAGGGGACAGAGAAACAUUACAGCAGCCCAGCAGGAUGCAGGAAAAUGUAGCCACAGAGGUCAGUCCAGUCCCUCCUCCAAGUCAUGUAACAAUAAAAAAUCCGGCAGCUAAUCCCCGACGAAUGCGACGGCUUAUUGCUGAAGAUCCUGAAUGGAAUCUAGCCAUAGUUCCACCGCUCACAGAGCUCUGCAUCCAGCACAUAAUCAACAAUUUUGAAAACAAUCCUAUAUUGGAAAGGCUACUUCCUGAUCACCAAAAGAAAGUGCUAGAAAAGAUUUCCACAAGCCUACCACUCACGGUGACUGCAAAUUUGAUCAGCGAUGAGGGCUACUGGAAACGGUGCUGUACUGAAAGAUGGACAGUUUGUGAUGUAUCCGCCUAUGGACACAGUUGGAAACGGAUGUUUUUUGAACGCCAUUUGGAAAACAUUUUGAAGUUUUACAUUCCAGAUAUUACUAGUCCCAACGAAAUUCUCGACCUCAUUCCACUCUGCACGGAAUAUGUGAAAAAGAUAGAGAUUGACCAGUUCCUUCCACCAGUGAAGCUAGAUCAAAAGAAGGAAGAUGAAGAUGUCUCUGAUACUGAAAGUGAUGCCGGACUAGACGAACCUUCUAUGGACCAUUUUGAUUUGAACCUGCUUGUUCCUGCACUCCUUCAUCUUGAGGAGCUGAAUCUUUCAUAUGGUGUUAAAGACUGUGGCAUGAAUUUUGAAUGGAAUCUUUUCGAAUUCACUUAUCGAGAUUGUUGCUCACUGGCCACUGCUAUUAAGAAAUGCCCAACUCUAAAAGUGUUCAAGCUGACCCGAAGCAAAGUGGAUGAUGAUAAAGCCAGGAUACUGAUCCAACACCUAUUAGACCACCCUUCUUUGGAAGAAUUAAACUUAUCCCACAAUUUGAUUUCAGACAGAGGAGCACGAGCUAUUGGCAAGCUAAUUAACCACAGUAAGAUGGUAACGCUUAACAUCUGUGAUAACAGGAUUCGAGCUCAAGGAGCCCAGGCUAUAGCUCAUGCACUAUCCAAGAAUUCUAUUUUGACAUCCCUCGAUUUGCGCCUCAACAGCAUUGAGGAUGAAGGAGGCCAAGCCAUUUGCCAUGCCCUGCUACUUAACAGCACACUAACAACUCUUCACUUGGGUAGCAAUGAAUUAUCAGAGCCAACAGCUACUCUUUUCUCUCAAGUCUUGGCUCAGAACACUACUUUGUCUCAUAUCAACCUCUCCUGCAAUCACAUUGGACUAGAUGGAGGGAAGCAAUUGAUGGAAGGCAUGUCCGAUAACAAGACAGUAGUGGAAUUUGAUCUCAGACUGGCAGAGGUGGGACAAGAGAGUGAAUAUCUUAUUAACCAGACUAUAAAGGCCAAUCAGGAAUUAGCCCGUCUCAGAAACCUGCACUAUUCCCCCACAUAACACGGACUACAAACUACUGAGGAAAAACAUCCUUCGUACUAUAGUUUUGGUGUUGCCUGUUCACUUACAUUUGUUUAAGCAUCUGUUUGUUCUCAGAUUAUGAUUGAAUGGAUGUAACUCCAUAUUCUCCUACUACUUUAGUGAAGUUUUUGCACAUUUCUUGGAUUCAUGCUCUUGGAUAAUUAAGCCUGUAACUAAGUUCAAGCAUGUAACUGAAAUAACCAUAUACCGUAUCCCUGUUUAGAUUUGCUUCUUUGUUUUUUUCAUUCCUCUUAUUUUUCUUUGGUCAAUUUUAAAUGGUAAAUUUCUCAUGAUGUAUAAAGCACAAAGUGAAUAUUGUUUAUAACUUAACCAUUCAUUUUAAGUAGCUUAGCUUGCCAUUCUGGAAAUCAUACAUUAUACAAUGAAUUUGUAAUUACUGUUGUUAAACAAUAAGGAAAAAUUCCAGGUCAAAUACUUCUUAUCAAUUAUCAGAUUUAAAAAAAAACUGUUAGAUUUGAUAGAACUUAACUGUUUUCCUGUUCUUCAUUUACUUCCUAUCUCCCUUUUACUUAUUUCUCUUCUCCCCUUUUUAUUAGUAUUUUCUACUAAAUGAGGAUAUGAUAAAGUAAGCAGUAAAACAGAUUUUUAAAAAAUAAGUAAAAAGAUGCAGCUUCUCCUUGGCUUUAUUUUAAACCACCUCACUUUUUAAGGAAUUGAUAGGACAAGGCUCAGUGGAGGUGCUGUUCUUUUUUUUUCUUUUUUUUGUCUGCUUUCAGUCUUAAUAAAUAUCAGCAUUACCGGUAAUGCAAGGAAAGUUUCAAUUUGAGCCCACAAUGAAUGAUGCUUAAUGUGAGAUUUAGAAAUUGCAAGAUCAGAAGCAAAGGGCCUAAAUCUAAAUUGGUCUAUUAUAAAUACAGUGCAUGGCCCUCUGCCAAUUAUUCUGGCACACAAGUAGAAAGAAGAGGCAUAAGAUUUGAAUCUUGACUGUACUAGAUGUGACACUAUUGGUAUGAGUCAUGGAAUUGGUUUACUCGAUACUAAUAGCUUUAUUAGUAUCUGUAAUAAAACUGUCUUAUCAAGAACUAUGUCCUUGAAUCUCUGCCUCUGAGCUUUCUAGUUCUAUAUCAGUCUAGGUACAGCCUAAAAUUUAAUCCUACAAGUGACCUUGAAUUACAGUAUUACAUAAUUCUGUAAUUACAUAAUAUACAAAUAUGUAUCAGCUUUAGCUAGCGAUAUCAAAUUUCUAUUUUUACUCAAUUAAACUUGGGCAGAGAAAUGUAUUAUGCACAUGAUGAUAUGCUUCUUAAUCACUGCCUGAAAACGUUUUAGCACAUAUCUGGAGCCAGUACAACCUUUUAGCUGUUUAAAUAAGGAUUGGAGCAGCAAAUAGUCAAUUUCAGCUGCUGAGAGACAAGAAAGUACCAGAUCAGAAAAAGCAAGGACUACUCCAGAAAUUGAGAUAACCGAGAUAAUUAGACAAAAGAGCAAGGCCAAUAGAUUACAGUGGCUGCCAGAAGUAUGAGAAGUAGAAGAUACUCUACAUUACUGGAUCACAAAAACAGUUUUCAGGUCCUCAAAGAAGAAACCAUGCUUGAUGCUUCAAAGAAAGAAAAAAGAGACACUGAAACAAAAGACAGGCUGAAGAGCAGAGGGAAUAUAGCUGCGAAGAGUUACUGGGAAUUACUGAUAUAUUAUCAAGUGGAAGUGAAAUACAUCGCAAUUGGACCUAUCAGCUUAUAAUAGAUGCUGUAUGCCAAGCAUAAGUACUAUCGAUGUGAUAAAAAUCCUAAGGCUUAUGAAAUUGAUUAAUAAUUAUCUUGCUAAUUCAAUGGAGAGAAAUGUCACAUUAAAGAAUAUCUACAACUGCUUCUGAUGUAAUUUGACAUCUCGGAAGUUGAGGUUCAGGCAGUAUUUUAGUCCACUGUUCAGGGAAGCCGAGCAGAAAGUGAAAAAGUAUUUCAGAUGAAUAACUAGCUUCAGAAAUAACGUUGAUGAGAAAAUUUGGUGUCGGGGAUCAUCAUAUUU